AUGAUCUUUCUGGGUCUUAACUCAUGUUAUCUUCUAUAUUUGCAUAUUAGAACACACGCUAUCGGGAGAGCUCAUGAGAAUAUUGAUAAGACAUUGAAGGCAUCAGAAGUUAUAUUGUCUCAAUUUGAUAUUUCUCGUCAGGUAGAGUCUAAGAUACUUAGAAGUCCGCAUGAAGACUUGGAAAGCUACCUUGAAGCGAUCCAACAACUAAAGAGUAAUAUUAGCUUCUUCAGCAACAACAAAAGUUUUAAGAGCAGUGAUGGUGUAAUUAAUCAUUCAAAUAAUUUACUUGCUAAAGCUCUAUCAAAGUUAGAACAAGAAUUUGAGCAAAUCAUGUCAUCUUAUAGCAAACCUGUGGAACCUGAACGCCUUUUUGAGUGCCUUCCAAGUUCAUUAAGACCAUCAUCUGAGUCACCAGAUAAUGAAGGAAAUUCAGGUGGCAAACAUCAUUUUGGUCAUGAGCAGCAUCACAACGCUGAAUUAGAGGAUGCAGUUUACACUCCGCCUGUUCUCAUUCCACCAAGAAUUUUACCGCUAUUGCACAACUUAGCCCAACAAAUAUUUGAUGCCAGAAAGUUUUUGGGAUACCUUAAUUUGGAGUUGAAUUAUGUUAGGAGAAAGCAAGCUGAGACUUUGAAACCAUUUCCAACAUUUGUGGUUCAAAAGUUGAAAACUUUGCCAAUAUUUGUGGUUCAAAAGUUGAAAACAUUGCCAGCAUUUGUGGUGCAACAAGAAGUUGAAGUUGAGAAGCAAGAUAAGGAUAUUAUGGAUGCAUUAAUAGAAGUUGAGACAACUAUAUAA